AUGAAUCAAACAGAACGCAACAUUCGUUGGAUAUCCUCGGAAUCUCCUGGACUAGAUUGGCAGUCAACAGUUCCAAAUUUAAUAUUGAAAUUAAACCUUUUCCUACUCCCGGUUCACUUUCUACUAUCCCUGUUUCAUUUCAAAAUCUUAUGGUGCCUCAGAUCCCAAGUCAUUUAUAUAUUCCAUUUAUCCAUAUGCCUUACCAACUUGAUCUACAUUUUGACCUCUUGGUACCCGGCUUUUCUACAUUUUCUGAGACCCGUGGAAGAGUAUUGCUACCGAAGUUACACCUAUUUUGAGAUAACUGUACAGCUAAUUUUUGGGACUAUUCGGGAUUCUACAAUUAUCUAUUCGAACUGGAUAAUUUGCUAUAUGGCGGUUUAUAGUGGGCUUGGAGUAUUUUUAGAAACUUUUCAAAGUUCAAAAGUUGCAUUUUGGAAUUGUGUUGUAGUUAUGGUAUUGUCCGUAUUUGGAGCUAUCAAUUUAUGGACAAAGCAUAAAAUUCGAGAGGUGACACUGGAUUUUGGCUGUGAAAUCAGUUUCAUUGCCCUCCCCGAAAUUCGUUAUGCGGUUGUAACUCCAGCGGACUAUGACAGGAUGUAUUUGAUGGUACUGAACUUAAUAAGAGGUGUUAUCCGUGGACCAUGCUACUUGUAUCCAGCAGUUCUUGGGUUUUUACUGAUAAUGCUGAUAGUUGUGAUGUUGAAACCAGGGGAUCGAUCUCAAAAAACUUCAUCAAUUGUGUUAAGCUUAUGUCAAACGUUUACUAUGUUAGCUUGCAAACUUCCAGAUAUUUUAAUUCCAUUUUUACAUAACCUUGUCAAUGAGAAGAGUCUACGUGAAACAACUGCACAAAUCGCGGCUUGGUCUACAGUUGCGAUAAUUAUCAAUCAAUAUCUUCAAAUUAUCAUUUGCAUUGUAGUUUCUGCAAAGUAUAGGGAAUCAGGAAAAAUGGUGUUUCGAAGGAGUGAACGUGUGGUUGGCGUAGGUGGCCUACAGUGA